UAGGCCAACGCAAACUGAUGAAAAGUCGGUCAGCUUUAUUGAACACGUUUUUUUUCCUCUGGUGGUGAAAUGCAGCCUCGGUGCCACACUGAGAUGUAGCGUCCGUGCUUGAGUUGGUUUUCUGGCUGAUCUUUCAGAGGAUUAGAAGCUGGGACUGCUAACUUUUAAUGAUGACUUUUGCCAUGCUGCGGCCCGUGGCGACGCACUUGAUCUACUCAGACUUCAAUAUCACGUCCGAGGACGAUGAAAACCGCAGCGAAAGCGACGACAGCUCGGAGCAAAGUUACUGUAGCUCUGAAAAACGAAGACGGCUUUCAGGCAACCUGGAAAGAGAAAGCACAGUGGUGGUAAAACAGAGGAGUGCGGCUAACGCCAGGGAGAGAGGUAGGACCCAAAGUGUCAACACCGCAUUCACAGCUCUCCGGACUCUCAUACCCACCGAGCCAGUGGACAGAAAGCUAUCCAAGAUCGAAACUCUUCGCCUGGCAUCCAGCUACAUUUCCCAUCUGGCCAACGUGCUUCUUCUCGGAGACGGCGGCGUGGAUGGACAGCCCUGCCUCGGCGCGGUCCAUACGCAAGGAGAGAGCGGGACGAAGCAGCCGCGGACCAUCUGCACCUUCUGUCUGAGCAACCAGAGGAAAGGGAUAAAGGAUGGAAAAGACUGUUUAAAAAUGCGAGGGCUGGGUCCGCUGCGAAUGAGACGCUGAAUGAAGACCAGUGAAUGAUUAGCAACCUGAAAAUCCUCAAAGACUUUCUCAGGGAAGAGUCAACGCUGG